CAUCACCCAUUGGCAUCGAACGUUACUAUCGGUACUGCUUAUGAAUUGAAGAUAAACCAGAGUAGAUAGAUAUAAGGUACCGACAAAUUUACAAUGCCAUCGGUUUUAAAUUAACUUGAUGGAUAUUUUCUAUGGUGCACGUAUUCAUUAGCAAAAUUUCUGUCGUCAACUACUUGAACUUCUCGACCCGUUCUCCACUGAAGGCUGCACCUUCGAGCUUGGGUCAAAAUUACAACAUCAAGGACAAAAUGUCUUCUGAACCAGUGAACGUGAAUGACUUCAAAGAAUUGGCUAGGUUGAAACUUCCAAAAAUGUACUAUGAUUUCUACGCAGGAGGGGCUGAGGACGAACACACACUUAGAGAGAACAUACAAGCUUUCUGUAGAAUCAUGAUUCAACCUCGAGUUCUCGUGGACGUGAGCCAAAUUGAUUUGUCAACAACCAUAUUGGGCCAUCGCAUCUCCGCACCCAUCCUGGUUGCCCCCACUGCUGCACAUAAGUUGGCAUUCCAUGAAGGAGAACAAGCCACGGCCAGGGCAGCUGCUGCUGCAAAAACUAUAAUGAUUCUGUCUUACUCUUCGACCUGUUCAAUAGAGGAAGUUGCCUCUAGCUGCAAUGCUGUUCGUUUCUUUCAAUUAUAUAUUUUCAAAAGGCGCGAUAUCUCGGCUCUGCUAGUACAGAGAGCUGAGAGAUUUGGAUACAAGGCAAUUGUUCUGACUGCCGAUACUCCUCGACUUGGUAGAAGGGAGGCUGACAUAAAGAACAAGAUGAUUGCACCACCAGUGAAGAAUCUUGAAGGCCUCAUAUCUAUUGACGUUAACUCUGAUCAAGGUUCAAAGUUAGAAACUUAUGCCAACGAGAUGUUGGAUGCAUCUCUCCGCUGGGAAGAUAUAAGCUGGUUAAGAUCAAUCACUAGUCUGCCAAUUCUGAUAAAGGGGAUUCUCACUCAUGAAGAUGCAACUAAAGCUGUGGAAGCUGGUGUAGAUGGAAUUAUUGUCUCCAAUCAUGGAGCCCGCCAACUAGACUUUGCUCCUGCCACUAUUUCUGUCCUUGAAGAGGUUGUUCAUGCUGUCAAGGGUAAAAUUCCUGUGCUCUUAGAUGGAGGUGUGCGGCGGGGUACAGAUGUGUUUAAGGCAUUGGCCCUCGGGGCCCAGGCAGUCCUUAUAGGGAGACCGGUUUUAUUUGGACUGGCAGCAAAGGGAGAAGGAGGAGUAAGAACAGUGCUGGAGAUGCUGAAGAAUGAGUUAGAGAUUAGUAUGGCACUUUCUGGGUGCCCAUGCAUCAAGGACAUUACUAGAAGCCAUGUUAGGACACCGUACGAUAAGCUGCCUUCAAUGCUUUAGUGCCUCUGUAUACCAUUUAUGUAUAUAAUUUAAGCAUAGCUGAGUUAGUCUUACAAAUAAGAGGAAGCUGGGAACUC